AUGAGAACGAGAACUCCAGUCAAAAUGGCUGCCGCCAUGAGAGGAAUGUUUAUAUUGGAUAGAAAAUGCCUUUUUUUAAUUAAGAAAUUAAGAAUCAUCUCUAGACAAAGACUUAAUACAUCAUCUCAUCUAUGUAAUAUUUAUGUAACUGAUCCAAUUGAUCAUCAUGAAGAGAAAUUUGAUAAAAUUCUUAUUGCAAAUAGAGGUGAAAUUGCAUGUCGUGUAAUUAAAACUUGUAGAAUGAUGGGAAUUAAAACUGUUGCUAUUCAUAGUGAUGUGGAUUCUUUGGCUCUACAUGUGAAACUUGCUGAUGAAGCAUAUUGUAUUGGACCUGCACCAACAAACAAAAGUUAUUUAAAUAUGGAUGCAAUUUUUAAAGUUAUUGAAAAGACUGGUGCACAAGCAGUUCAUCCUGGUUAUGGAUUUUUAUCAGAAAAUAUGGAAUUUGCAAAACGGCUGAGUGAAGCUAACAUUACUUUUAUUGGUCCAAAUUCCAAUGCAAUCAAAGCAAUGGGAGAUAAAAUUGAAAGUAAAAAAUUAGCAAAAGAAGCUAAAGUAAAUACCAUACCUGGAUUUGAUGGAGUUGUAAAGUUUCUACACCAUAGAGUAGAAUUGGCCAGAUUAUUAUCUUUAGGUUAUCCAGUUAUGAUAAAAGCUUCUGCUGGUGGUGGAGGAAAAGGAAUGAGAAUUGCUUGGAAUGAUUCAGAAGCAAUUGAAGGAUAUAGAUUCUCUUCUCAGGAAGCUGCAUCCAGUUUUGGUGAUGAUAGACUUUUAGUUGAAAAAUAUGUUGAUAAUCCAAGACAUAUUGAAAUACAGGUUCUUUGUGAUAAGCAUGGCAAUGCUAUCCAUUUGAAUGAAAGAGAAUGUUCAAUCCAAAGACGAAAUCAAAAAGUUAUUGAAGAAGCUCCGAGCACAUUUGUAGAUCCUGACUUAAGGCAUGCUAUGGGAGAACAGGCAAAAUCAUUGGCUCUUGCUGUAGGUUAUGAUUCAGCUGGUACAGUGGAAUUCCUUGUUGAUUCACAAAAAAAUUUUUAUUUUUUGGAAAUGAAUACAAGAUUACAAGUGGAACAUCCCAUUACAGAAUGCAUAACUGGAAUUGAUAUUGUACAUCAAAUGAUUCGAGUGGCAAAAGGUCAUAAAUUGAAUCUUAAACAAGAUGAUGUACCUAUUCAAGGAUGGUCUAUUGAAUCUCGUGUAUAUGCAGAAGACCCUUACAAAUAUUUUGGUCUUCCUUCUAUUGGUCGAUUAUAUAAAUACAUAGAACCAAUUGGAAUUCCAAAAGUAAGAUGUGAUAGUGGUAUUCAGGAAGGUAGUGAAAUUAGUAUAUAUUAUGAUCCUAUGAUUUGCAAAUUAGUAACAUAUGGAGACACUCGAAGAGAAGCAAUUGAUACUAUGAUAAAUGCUUUGGAUUCCUAUGUAAUAAGAGGUGUUUCACAUAAUAUACCUUUAUUACGAGAUAUAAUGACAGAAAAAGCAUUUGUAAAAGGAAAUGUCACUACGGGUUAUCUUAACAAAGUAUAUCCUGAAGGAUUUAAAGGUAGUCAAUUAACUCAAAUGGAAACUGAACAUUUAGCCACUCUGGCUGCUUGUAUUUUUGUUCGUGAUGAUAUUCGCUGCAAAAAUUUCUUAAAUAGACCAAAGCAUUAUCUACAUACUACUAGACCUCAACAGUGGAAUUUAGUAGCCAAUGUAGAAGGAAAAAAUGUAGAAUUAGAUAUAGAAGAAGAAGAAGGAGGCCAAUAUAAAGUGAAUGUGAAUGGACGUGACAUAACACUCUCAGGAAAUAUAUCUUUAUCAGUUCCAGUAAUGGAAACAGUAGUAGAAAGUCAUCCUUAUACAGUUCAAAUGAUUUCACAUUCACCAAAUGGAAUAAUUCGUAUUCGUUUUAAAGGAACUGCAUAUAAUGUCCACGUGUUAACAGAAGUUGCUGCAGACUUUUCGAAACUAAUGCCUGAAAAACCAAAGAUGGAUGUUUCCAAAGUGGUUACAGCACCAAUGCCCGGAGUGGUUAAAUCUGUUUCCUGUGAAGUUGGACAAAUGGUUUCUGAAGGUCAGGAAGUGUGCGUUAUCGAAGCCAUGAAAAUGCAGAAUAGUUUAUGUAUUGGAACAACUGGAAAAGUAAAAGCCAUUCAUUGUAAAAUUGGGGACACAGUAGAAGAAGAACAAUUAUUAGUUGAAGUUGAAUGAUUUUAGUGGCAUUUAUAUUUUUAGAAAUUAUAACAAAAUUUACAUUUGUAGGGGAAUUUAAAGUUACAAACAGUUCACUGAUGAUUCUCAUUACACAGUCAAUUUUUCAAAGUAGGUUAUAUUUUAAUAAUAAAAAUUGUUAUACAUGGUUAUGAUAUUUAAAAUAGAAUAUAAUUUUAUAAAAUUAAGAAUAUAUAGGAAAACUAUCUAUUCUUUUUUGUAUGGUUAAAACUGCAAUACAGUAUAAUUGGUGCCGUCUAUGCUCGUGUUUGAAAAACGAUGGUGCCAUACAAAUAUGAGAUAUCGAAAUUAAGCUGUGAUUGAUUAUUUACUUUUAUGUUUUAAGCUCUCUUUGGUGGUCCUGCAAUAAUAAUGCAUUGGCAUAUUAUCAUCAUAUAAUUUCUUUAAUUUAAUGAAAUUAAUUAUUUGCAUUUAAAAAAGAAAAUGCAUGACAAAAUGAUUUAUAAUGAUAAAUUGUGAAAUUGUUAUUACAAUUUUAUUUGAAUCAUUUAUUAUUUUUUUUUAAUGAUUUCUAAUUUCAAUUAAAAUUUCCACAAAAUAUUUUUACUGCCAGCUCAAUCUAUAACAACGGCUCAUCAAAAAUAUUAGAAUAAAAUUUUGUUUUUUUCAACAAAAAAAAUGAAAUUUGAUUAUGUUAAAUUAUGUUCAAUCUUAAAAGAACAUUUUGUCAAAAAUAACAACAAUGUUAUUUUUUUUAAAGUCAAUUGUUCCUUAGCCAAUAAACUCAUGAAAUUUUCAUUUUAAAAACUAUUUUCUUCUAAAAAAAAUUAACUUACUUUAUUACAUAUAAUAACAACAAAAAGAUAUCCUGAUCAAAUUUCAUUUAAAUAAUGUAAGAUUAAUAUUUGUAAUCGUUUUACAUAAAAUUUAUUUUUGUGGAAAGGAAAGUGUUAAGUAAAUGCCAUUGCAGAAUAAUUGUCCGAAAAUUUAAUUAAUUUUGGAUUAUAAAAUAUUUCUCUUAUUUAUAAAAUCAUAAAAUUCACAUAUAUAUAUUUACCAAUGUUACUUUUAAUUUUUCUGAAACUUUAUUUUUGGAUCUGUAUUUAUAUACAUUUCUAGUUUAAAAUUAUAAAAAUUCAGAAACUCAUUUUACUUCCAAAACUGGAAAACAAUAUUUAUUUUAUUGCUCAGUGACAAGGAUUUAAUAUACAUUUAAUAGUGUAAGAAUUCUGUGCAUUGUGUGACUGCUUUUUAAUUUUUUUUAUUUUAUUUUAUCCCUUUCUCCAACAAAAGCAUUCCACAAAGAGUGUGUGAUAUUCCAAAUUUUU